GACAAAAACGUUUCAAAGUAGACGAAAACCCUUUUGAAAUGGCAAGACGAUGUAAAUAACCAAAAAUAGCAAAAUGAAAGGAAACCAAGUAAAUAAACGAAAAAAUGCAUUAGAGCAUCGUUGUAAAAGACUGAAUGAAAGUAAGCAAAGAAAACAAGAGAAAAUAAAAGAAAAAGGGAAUGAAUUAAGGCGCUGUUGGAAAGGACCCGACGCUAAAGCAACGGUCGUACAAUAACAAACCAUGUCCCAACGUGGUUUAAAUCCUCAAGAAGAAGAAGAGGAAGAGGGAUUAAGUUUCCCAGACAGACGGAUAGUCCUCAGAAUUUACAAGAAAACAACAAAUUCAGAGGCCUAGACAGUGGUAACAACUCACACUGAAGGAACUCUACUGAGAAGAGGGCCUGGUGGGAGUGUUGCUUGUUGUAAUAGUGUUAGUGGACGAGAAACAAGAGAGUGAAACAGUAACAUGGGUGCUCCACUCUUAUUUGGCCCACUACUUGGUCUAACCCAGGACCCCAAGGUGUAUGGCCGGCCGCAGCCCCUCAUACACCCCAGACUGGAGGCGUACGAGGAGACGACCCUGAAGCGACUGUCAGCCUAUUGUUUCAUGUGUGAGAAGAGCGUGAUGGGUGCCGAAGUUCUCCUGCACCUGUACUUCGGCGAGCUUGGUUGCAAAUACUGCAACCAUUCCAUUAAAAAUUGUGAUGCGUUCCGCUCAGGAUACCCCAUGACUGGCGUGUGUCGAGGCUGCAGCGAGGAGCACAACGCGAGCCGCUGGGUGGUGCCGACGAUGAAAUAUAUCACGUACCACACUCGCAAACACCUCUCCAUUGGCCUAGAGGUCCAGACCCACGAGCUGAGCCAAGACAUGGUAAUGCAGGCAGCUUCUAAGUACAUCCGUGCCCUGCUCCCCCUCAGACGCAUCUACCCCUGGCGGUCUGCCCUGAAGUCCGUCUCGAAGGCAGGCACGUCGGUUGAUCUCAGCAAUCUGCCGCCUCGCCUAAAACGGCUGAAGAACGCUGGUGGUGCAAGGACGGGGGAAGUCAAAAUGUUCGGUGUGAGUGGCCUCUUGUGUUUAGAGAAGUCAUUGGUGAGACUACAGGCGAUGGAAGAGAGAUCAUCACGGCCAGGAAUAGGGACGUGUGAGGAAAAUAAAGGUAACUCUCUUGACUACACAAACACUAGUGAUGACAGCGAUACCGACGCAAGUGAUGUGCCAAAAACAGUCACACAGUCAAGGUUGAAAGACCGAACAUCACAGCCAGUACAGGUGAAGUGUGAGGGGAGUGAAGUGGCUGGCUUCCUUGAUAGCAGAUAUGCAGAGCUGAGCAAUACAUUGGAAAUAGUGAAGAAAGAAAUAGAGGAGGAAAGGGUAUUAUCAGCUCAGCCACUACAGUACUCGGUGAAGCAUGAGGUGAGUGAUCUGGCAGACUCCCUUGAUGGCAGAGACCUGAGUGACAUGCUGGAAAUAGUGAAGGAGGAAAUAAAGGAAGAAAGAGACUUGUCACCCCAACCACCAGCUCGGAGAAACACGCAACACAUUACACCCCAGGACUCAGGUACGUGCAGCGCCUUACAACAAACACUCCAGAAACAAGAGGAACACAAUGCAACACCCAAGAGACACACAAAUCAUUUACCACCCCAGGACUCAGGUACAUGCAGCGCCUUACAACAAACACUCCAGAAACAAGAGGAACACAAUGCAACACCCAAGAAGCACAAACACCAUCUAACACCCCAGGAAUCAGGUAAACACUCCAUGUCACCACCAGUGUCAUCACCACACCCAAAACAGCAGAAAUCUCAGAAGCUGGAUAGGAAAAUAAAACAAGAAGACACUGAUAGGAGCAAUGAAGGGGAAAUGGAGACAGGCAUGAGCGGACAUUUGCAACUGGGAGAGUCAGUGUUGAGCUCAGUGUGGGAGAGAUAUGUGUCAGUACAGGAGGGAGCAGAAAAGUGUGGUGAAGAGAUUAGACCAGAAAAUGCACUUGAUGAUAAAGAACCUGAUGGUGCCAUGAUAAAGUCACAGAACAUGGAAGAGAGAACAGAGAACAAAGAUACCAAAGGACAUAAGAAGAAGUUGGAAAAGGAGAAAAAACGGAGAUUCUCGCUACAAGAAUCGGAAAAGUGUGGUGAGGAGGAGACAGGACAAAAUAACACACUUGAUAAUGGAAAAGAAUGUGAUGAUGCCAUGAUAAACUCAAUAUUGAAGUUGGAAAAGAAAAAACGCAGAUUCUCACUACAAGAGAAAUCGGAAAAGUGUGGUGAUGAGGAGAUAGGACAAAGAAACACACUUGAUAAUGGAAAAGAAUGUGAUGAUGCCAUGAUAAACUCAAUAUUGAAAUUGGAAAAGAAGAAAAAAUGUGGAUUCUCACUACAAGAAUCAGAAAAGUGUGAUGAGGAGAUAGGACAAAAAAAUACACUUGAUAAUGGAAAAGAACCUGAUGAUGCUGUGAUAGAGUCAAUAUUGAAGAUGGAGGAGAAGGAAAAACACAGAUUCUCACUACAAGAAUCAGAAAAGUGUGGUGCGGAGGAGGAGAUUAGACCAGAAAACACACUUGGCGACAUAAAAGCUGAUAAUAAAGCGAGAAGGUCAAUGCUGAGGCUUGAAAGGAAGAAAAACAGAACAACAACAUCAUUUGAAAACUUUGAACUGGUUGAACUGGUAAGCGCCAAUGAGAACACAGAGAUUGAGACUGAGAACACACAGAAUGCAGCUGAAGAGAAAGCAGAGAACGUAGAUAAAAAGACGCACAAGAAGAGGAAGAAGGUAAAAACUGAGAACACCAUUGAGAGCCCAGAGAUCGAAACUGAGAACACACAGAUCACCGCAGAAACCACACAGAACAUGGAAGAGAGAACAGAGAACAAAGAUACCAAAGGACAUAAGAAGAGGAGUAAGAUAAGGGUCGUAAACUUUUUUGGAAACCCAGAGAGUUAUUUAACAGAGAAUACAGAUGCCAAAACACACAAGAGAAAGAAAACAAAACAAAUAAACACUUUUGAAAAUACACAGGAUGAUUUUAUAGAGAACAUAGAUUCCGACAGACACAGAAAGAUAAGAUUAGUGAACACCUUUGAUAACACACAGAAUGACACUAAAGAGAACAUAACUAUCAACACACACAAGAGAAGAAAGAUUAAGGUAGAAAACAACAUUGGAAGCUCAGGCAACAUCACUACCAACACACAGGAUGCUAUAAAGAACAAUUUGAAGCCAGAGAACACAUCAAAAACACACAGGAAGAAGAAAAAACAAGACAAUGCUCUUGAAAACACACAUAGCACUCUUGAAAACACAAAGAACAUCUUCAGAAACACAAAAAACGCCCUUGAAAACAUAUUAAUUAUCCUCGAAAACACACAACACACCAUUGGAAACACACAACACAUCCUUAAAAACACACAGAGCAUCCUGGAAACAACACAAAACACCCAAAUACACUUAGAAAACGUACUUAGAGAAUAUAGUAAGGAAAGAGAACAAGAAUACACCUUUGAAAACACACACUGCACCCAAAAACAGGACAGAGGCAGCAACACAACACAACAAAACACAUAUAGGAAGAAAAGAAAGCAAGAAAACAACCUUGAAAACACAUCCAGCCAAGACACACACAAAACAGGGAAGAGAAAGGUUACAGUGGUAAAUCCUUCUGAACUAAGUCUCCCUGCCACCACAGACACAGACACCCUGCAAGCACCACACAGGAGGGAGACAGACACCUUCCCUACCUCCCCUGCCAAGAAAAAUAAGAAGAAAAGGGUAAAAAUAGAAGAGAUAUGUAUAGAAACCCCUGUCAUUGAGGAUAUUAAGGGUAAAAUGAAGUCUUCUGCCCCUGCUAAUGUGGAAAGAAACCCUGCCAAGGAAUGUAAGAAGAGGAAAAGAUUAAAAAUAGAAGAGAUAUCUGUACAAGUCCCUGCCAGUGAAGAGAAUGAGUGUAGCAGGGCCAGAACUGAGUCUAUUGCCCGUGUCAAUGAGGAAACAACCCCUGUCAAGAAACGCAGUAAGAAAAGGGAAAAAUUAGAAACACCCAUUAUCACAUUAACUUCCCCUAUCAACGAACACAGUAUGAACAAAACCACCCCUGCCGCAGAACAGAAGAGGAAGAAGAGAAAACUGCAGAGUAUGUCCAUUUCUACCCCUGCCAGCAUGCCGCACAUCCUGCCGCAAGCAACCAGCACCCCUGUCAACGCCACGAACACCCUGCCAAAGCCUCAGAAGAAGAGGAAAGGCAAACAUAUCCCUACCAGCGAGGGAAAUAAAGGAACCCCUGCCAUAAUCCCUCUCAUCUUUCUAGAUACCCCUACCAAGAAGAACACCCUGCCAAAGCCUCAGAAGAAGAAGAAAGGCAAACAUCCCCCUACCAGUGAGGGAAAUGAAGGAGCCCCUGCCAUAAUCCCUCUCAUCCUUCUAGAUGCCCCUACCAAGGAGAACACCCUGCCAAAGACCCAAAAGAAGAGGAAAGAUAAACACACCGCUGUCACUGCAGAAAUUAACCUUAUUACCAAACCUUGCAUGCUGUCAGAUCCACUCAGCACCCCUGCCAACAUCGCAACUACCCUGUCAAAGUCUCUGAAGAAGAAAAAAGAGAAAAACACCCUUGCUUAUCAUGAUGACAUCUCUGCUAGUACAGACCAUACCCCUGCCAACCUGGAGGACACCCCUGUCGAGAGACACAAAAAGAAGAGUAAAAAGAUGAAAACUCAAUCCGACCCUGGCAGUAUGGUUGGUGCCCCUGCCAGCAUAACCAGUUUCCCUGUCGUUGCACCCUGUAGCAACCCUGUAGAGGAGCCUAGUCCCCCUGUCAACAUGGAUUGCUCACAGACAAGACCAAAGAAGAAGAAGAAGAAGCACAUCCCUGCCAACACCUCAGAAAUCCGUGCUGAGAACAUAGAGACCCCUGGCAACACAUGCAACACCUCCGUUAAACCCUACAUGAAAAUUAAGGGGAAGAAAAAUAAGGUUAUCCCUGUCAGAGUAUGCACCGCCCUUGCCAACAUGAAAGACACUACUGAAAAGGCAGAAAUGACGAUUAAAAAGAUGAAAAAGAAUCGUAACCCUGCCAAGGCCUUAGAUAAAAUUGCCAACAUAGACAAUAACACAGAUAAACAAUGCACAAAGGAGAAAGACACUAAAAAACGAAAACACAACCCUGCCAGCACUUAACACACACACACACACACACACACAAGGAUCAUUUACAGCUUGAAAGAUAAAACAUAGCAGUUAGCUUUUAAAAGACAGGACAUUACAAGCUUAAUUUAAUCCUGUGAAAAUACAAUUAGAUAACAGCACAGGGCAUAGCUAUCUAAAUUCAGCCUCUAAAUGCAAGUAAGCAGGAAAGGAAUGGAAACUACAGUAAUGUUUAUAUUAGUUUAUUGGCACCAAGGAAUGUCGUGAAGUGGAAUGAGAGGGAUUGUAAAUAUGGUUGGGAAAUAAAGACAAAAUAAGGAUGCUUGGAUAAAACUAAGUGAAAAUAUUGUGAUUACUGUUUCCAUUUGCUUUUUCCCAUCUUAUUCAGAGUUGAAGAAUAUGUAAUGUGAACUGGACUGAAAAAUUGUAACUUAAGGAAAAGGUCAAUUAAAUAUAAGUAAUUAU